AAUUAUCAAACGAUGUAAAUAAUGCAUUAACACAGAAUAAUCCAUAUAAAGCACUUCAUGAAGUUUUUAAUGAAUUUGGUCACGUGAUUUGUAUAGAUAUGACUAUUGGUGGAAAAUUAAGUAGAAUACAUUCUUAUCCUUAUAUUGAAAAUGAUCGACGUAAUUCAAAAAGGCCAGAAAAAACUUUUAGAUGGGAAACUAAUGAAAAAUGUAUUGAAAUAUUAAAUGAAUUAGAAAAAUCUAAUGAAUCAUUUGAUUUAACUUAUUUUUUUAAUGCUGAUGGUCAAAUAAUACCGGUAAAUAAGAAUGACAUUGAAUCAUGGAUUGAAAAUAAUUCUAAAAAUGUUACUAAAUGGCAAAUAAUAAAAAGAAAAACAUUUAUUCCUAUGUAUCAAAUUCUUGAUAAUAAUAUUCAAGAACAAAUUGAAGGCUUGAUUAAGAAUUUGGAAAUUUCAAAUGUGUUAAUGAUAGGUGUAAAUCGUUUCAAUAACUCUAAUAUUAAAUAUAUUCGGAUAAAAUUUGAGCAAUCUUUAGAAAGUGAUAAAUAUAAAGUUUAUGGAUCCAUUUUUCAAGGAAAUGGAGAUAGAUCGAACUUUGAUAUUAAAUUUCGGUCAAAAGAUUUUCAUGGAUUUUCUGAAUUUAUUGAGAUUCCUAAUAAUUAUCACCAAAAUGCGCCUUUUACUGUUUAUUGGAUGCUGGUAGGAAAACCAUCAUUGGUUGGUUAUUAUAGUAAACAUGCAAGAAACAUUAAAAUUAAAACUGGUGAAACAAAGAUUGAAGAACCUACCAUAAAAAUAACCAAUCUCAAAGAUCCUUUGUCUCAAUAUUGCACUAUAAUGACUUUUCUGGAUUAUCCACCUACCAAUAAUGAACCAUCUUUUGAAAUAGUUAUUGAAUCUUGGUCAGAAUACAAUAUAACUUUAAAACUUUCUGAUAAUUCAUUAUCUCAAAACGAUAGUCUUUUUCAAUUAUCCGAUUAUACAUUAAAUUGGUGUAUUAUUUAUUCUAAUCAAGAACUUCGUAUUAACAUAGAUAAUAACGAUGUGUGGAUAUCUCCUGGCAUAAAACUUGAUCCAAACCUUUAUACUAAGAUUAGAUUAUAA